UAUUUGCGAAAGCUGCAUGGGAGCCUGGAAAACAUUAUUCAAAACUGAUUUAAGCUCUACGUUCCCUUUCAAAACGGCGGUAGUUUUCAUCUUGUGACUGCUUUUCCACCUGGACGGUAUUACACUGUGGUUCUCGCCUGUAUGGAGGUUGUUAAACGGAUCAUGGAUGAAACUGGCUUUCUUCGUAUCUUCACAUUUUAGUCUUAUGAAUUAUUAUUAUUAUUCUCCUCGUUGAACUUUGAAGGUUAUUACGAUGUCCCUUUUCCCCGCAUUUGCGGACCAGAGAAAGCCCGACCUCGCUAUUUAUACACCGGAAAUCCAGCAGCAUACGCCGGAUGUCGAUGUUCAAAUCGUUGGAAAUGUGACGAUUCCAGCUAAAAGUAAAUUGCCGAGCUUCUCUUUUGAUGCUACUACCGUCACUGCGCAGCUGCAGGAUGUUCGACGAGCACAGGCUUCAUCGGAACGAGAUGUCAUUGAUGUGUAUUCAUCCGGCGAAGAGGAAGAACGGCGCCUGCGGAAAAUGCAGAGAAAGCGCAAAAAGGCGGAGAAACGCGAGCGGAAAAAGGAGCGCCGUGCUAACCAACGAGCGCCACCGCAGCCGCCUAAAACUGUAAAAACCGACCCUGCGCAGCAACAACCCAAAAUUAAAUUCUUGGAGCAGUCUGGUUUAUCAGCGGAGACCGCCUUUUGUGUGGCGGAUAAACCGGAGAAAAUUAAUUUCGCGUUUGAUGCAACGUACUGGAAGGAUGUGUCCAAAAUCCAGCGACCGCCCAGAUGGACGUUGGGACCGACUAGAAAAAAUUCGCAAUUUUCUGUACCCUUGGAGAGGUAUUUUAAUGCUAAAGUUGAGCUGGAAUUCAUGAAGAAAUUCUCCGGAGUACGGAUUCCCAGGCGAACCGACGUGGUACCGUUUGGUCGAAAUUAUCUGCCUUUUCCGGAAGAAGAAUUGUCCGUUCCAGCUGAAGAAAAAAUAUUUGACCAGAGUGAUCCAUUUCGCGCGCGUACUGUGCAGUUUAAUGAACGUUUACGUGAAAAUCCAACUGAUCUCCGUCUGUGGCUGGAGUUUUUAAACUUCCAGGAGGAUAUCAUUGAGAAUGCAUUUACUGCCGGGAAAUCCAAGGAUGAUGGAUUAUCGACACGUAACGGGUUAAUUCAGCGGAAAAUUGCCAUUAUCGAGCGAGCUAUCGCGGAAAACCCUGCUGACAUAGACCUGAAAAUUCGCCGGCUGAAUUUCUGUGAGGAGGUGUGGGAAAAAGAUGAGUUGGCCAAAGAAUGGCGAAAAUUAGCCUUCACGUAUCCAAACGACCCUUUUGUUUGGAAAGCCUAUUAUGAAUUUCAGCGCUCAUAUUUUCCUCUUUUCCAAGUGACAAGAACAUGUAAACUGUUCCCAAAAUUUAUCUCGAUCUCGCGCAGCAUGCUGGAAGGGACAUUCCAGUCGCAUUCACCGCUUCCUAAUCACGAACACCAUCUGGUUUUGUUUAUUUUUUUACUAGUCAGUUUCUGGAUGCAGAGUGGUCAUAACGAAAAGGCCACAGGAUUGUUACAAGGUUUGUUGGAAUUCAACCUGAGGUUUCCGGAAAACCUCGCUGCCAAUACCCCCAUCAAAGAUGCUCUUGUCUUCUUUGAACCGUUUUGGGAUUCCGGAGCUCCUAGGUUUGGCUCAGAAAAUGCCCGCGGAUGGAAUAACGUGAUGAAAACAAAAGAUCAGUCCAUUCCGAAAAAUAAUCUGGACAAUUCCGUUGAUAGUGACGAAAAUCAAUUAAUCAAAGACUCGUCUUCGGUUAUGGAAUUGUGGUUGAAACUGGAAAGAUACCGACAGAAUCGCUUCCUCCUCCCAUUUAGUGGCGAUGACGAACCGACCGAUCCGGAGCGGGUUGUUUUGUUCGAUGAUAUUGAAUCAUAUUUAUUUCGGUUUCCACUUGAUCUGCAGUCAUCUGAUUAUCAGGAUAUUACCUUUUUUAUGGUGAUUAUCAGUCUUAAUGUGCUCCGAUGUCCACUUCCCCGUUGCUUCUCUACGCGCAGUUGCGCCUGGCGCACCAUGCUGGCGGAUAUGCUGGAAAAUCCAUGGACUACGCUGUUUGGAAACUGGUCGGAAGCGCACGCAAAUGGUGCUUUGCCUGACUCCUUUGCGCUUCCCUUACUUCAGCCACUUGCGAAUGGCUGGGCCGACUCGGAAACCUUGAUUGUUGGAAUUUUUGAGCAAUCUUCCCAAGUACUUCAAGGUUUUCAAUCCUCAUUCCUGGUUGCCUGUUACCUGCAGUUCAAACUCUCAAAGUUUAUUUCCUCACCGGGUUCAUCAAAAAGCGCAGUCGCGAAAGACAUACGCACCACCGCCAAAACGUUGCUUAAACAGCCAAAAAAUCGUAACGAUCUCAUUAUUUGGGAAUGGUAUGCAUUCGCGGAAGGCGUGCUAGAAGACAGUCCCUUAGCAUCAUCAAAGAUUCUGGAACUAAUCCUCACUUCGACCAUCCCGGAUAAAAGCCCGUCUCAAACACUACUUCUGGCUCGACUUGUGCGCUUCUACGUUAUGAACUCGUUAGGACUGCUUAAUGGAUCGAAACUGCAAGAUGCUAGCCUUCGGACUGUAGCCCUCAGUGUCCUUGUGCAGUUUAUCGAAAAUCGACAAAUUACAUUUAACAUAACCGAAGAAUUACACGGGAACCGCGUUCUGAAGGCCAGAAAAGCCUUUGAGCACCUGGCUGCAGGAUGUCCGCCGCUAUCAGCUGAUCCGACCGGAGGAUUGCACGCUCUGGGUAGUAUGCGCUGCAACGUUGCUAUUUGUUGGGCAUUGUUUGAGUAUUUGUCGUCUGGCCAUGAAAAUGCAGUGAAAACUCUCAGCGAAUUUCUGACAGGAUGCCGAAAUCAUCCCGGAAGCGCAUUUGAUGUGGGUUACGAGAAGAAUUUAAUGGACUGGGAGAUAUUGACGGAAUUUAUGGUGAUGCUUAAUCAGUUUCAUCAAAAGAAUGGCCAGCUUCCGAGCGAAAGCGUGCGAGAUGCUAUUCACUAUGCUUUGCUUGAUUUUCCUGAUAAUCCGUAUUUGUUGACAGUUUUUAUCAAGAACGAGUUGAAGGCGUUCGUGAGUGGACGAAUUCGUGCGUAUUUCGAUCGCAGUGUGCGGGACGCAGCCACCGUAAUUCCCUGGAUAUUUGCGGUGUACGCUGAAUACGAGCGUAAAUACUGUCUCUGGAGAAACCUCAAUGCCGCGUAUGACCAAAAAUUUUCUGACGAAAUUUCCCUGAAAACGUUUCGGGACACCGGAAUCUCCCACAAAAUUCGAGCGCUUUUUGAACGAGCGGUGACAUCGGAAGUUGGCCGACAUUGUCCAUUAUUGUGGCGGAUGUAUUUGAAGUUUGAAUGCGAAGAGGAUAACUUAGCUCGUGCGGAAGGGAUAUAUUAUCGGGCCAUCCAGAGCUGCCCGUGGGCAAAGGCGGUCUAUAUGGACGCUGCAGCAUGUUUCCCGCAACGAAUUCCCGAGAUUAUCGACGUGAUGACCGAGAAAGAGCUGCGAGUUAUGGUGCCCUUCGAGGAAGCCCAGUUAUUGAUGAGUGCCAAGGACGAGAUUAAGGCCACAGAGCAGGAUCAUUCUUCCAGUACAUUUGCUGGCGACUGAAGCAGUAUGGUUAAUGGUGAUAGUGUCUGCGAUACGGAAAUGCUCAAGUCUCUGUUUGACGUAGUCUUCAGGAAGUAACGCACUUCCGUAAAUAUGUGGAUUUUCACCCAGAUUUCAGUCAUUUUGCGAUUGCCUGUGUUUGUGCACUGUGUCGAGACUUUUGAUUGGACUGUAUGUGAAUCCGUAAUUCAAGCCGUGCUUUAUGCGCAAAUUAUAUUAGUGCUGUAAAAAAGAGAAAUUCGGGAAAACACAUCGUAAACGAUAAGCGUAUCGAAGCUUUUUGUUCGUGAAAGAAGCGCACAGUUUAUGAGUGGUAAAUUUAUUACCAGCGAAAUCGUUGAUUACGGCGGCUGAAUGUUCUUGUAAAGACUAAGUCAACGUGCAGCAUAUUUGUCAGUUUUAUUGCCAUUAAAUUUAUUU